AAAUUCGCAAACAUGUUGAAACUUGUCUAAAAUACCACGCAAAACACGUUUUCAACGAGUCUUCAUCACUCAUCGAGAAUAACAACAAUAAAACACCCCUCAGUUUUUAAAACAAUCAAAUACAACCGUACAUAUUCUUUAAAAACAACUGUGAAUAAACUUUCUACUGAAGUUUUAUUUGAAAUAAAAAGAAUAACGCGCUCUUAAUUAAAAGUAACCUUAAAAUAUUGCACCAUAUUUUGUUACAUUCAUCCUUGAAUAAAUUUCCGCGCAUGUAAUCGGUAACUAAUGUAAGUUCAAAAUGACUACGAUUAUAUCAAAGAGAAGCAAAGCUUCUCACGUUUCAUCUAUUCUGAAGACGACAUCCAUUCAGAACCGGUUAAAUGCAACGCGUACCGCUGUGAAAGUGCGAUUUCAACUGCCAUAUUCGCAAAAAGUACACUCGAUUUUAGAGAAUUACGUGAAGAAACAGCAGGUACAAGACUAUGAGAACCUAGUGGUGAUGAUCCGCGAUGCGGAGUUGUUCGACGAAGACUUCAAAGUUCUUCUGGAUGAAGCGACGCAGUGUGUUUCGGUGUUGAACUAUGACUUGAGGCUUUUUGUUGAGGCAUUGUUAAGCAUUGAUUGGAGCACAAGGGGGACAGCUGUGGUUACACAAUAUCAAUCUUUCUUGUUGAACUUGUUGUGUGCGCAUAAUUAUCACGCUAAAUUUGCGAUAGAUAAAUUAGUUCAACAAUUUCUAGCUGCUGAUUCCGAACCAGUAUGGAACGAUGGCGUCCCAACCGAAAAAGACUGCACGAAAUUCACAAAUAUUCAUUUUGUGAUCAAUACCCUUCUGGAAAUUAUUCCAAUGACUCAAGCCUUGUUAAUCAACUCAUUAGACAAUCAUUUUCCUUAUUUAAAGAAAUCUCCGCACGUUCACGAAGUCUACGUACAUAAUUUACUAUGUAUCUUAGAUUACAAGCCGAAAUUACGACCAGAGAUCUUCCGAUUGUUAUUUUCAAAAUUGAUUAUUCUCGACGUGAAUUCACCACGAGAAGAAAUUCAGCAAGCCGAUAUGGAUGACGAGGAAGUAUUCCAGAUGGACGAUGGCAACGACAAUCCAAACAAAAUGAAACACAGCGUAGCGUAUGCAUUGGAUCUUAGUUUAGACAAAGUGAUGAAUUAUUUUGUCAUGGAGUCGUAUAACAUAGAGACUGCUGAGUUAAUAUGGGAGAAAGCUAAAGAUUUAUAUCAAGACAUGUUGAAUAUCUUCAAUCAUAUUAUUCUACCGACUUAUAACACGCAUCACACUCAAUUUGUGAUGUUUGCGCUGUGCUCGAUGAAACCCGCACUCGCUGAAGGAUUUCUAAAUUAUUUGUGGAAGAAAGUUGUUUCACCGGAAGUUGCUCCUGUUUUACGUAUGAGUGCUGUGAUGUACAUCGCUAGUUUAAUCUCUAGAGCAUCAUAUAUUCCACUUACAAUGUUAAAAGGUACGUUGCAACAAAUGGCUGAAUGGAUUCACUCGUAUAUUGCGAAUCAAGACGGAAACGAAUACAUCAAUGGUGAUAUCAGAGUCCACAGUGUUUUCUACAGUGUUUGUCAAGGAUUGUUUUAUGUUAUCGCUUUCAGACAAAACGAUUUAGUCUCAACGCGGAAAAAUAUUACGUUCUUGGAAAGUUUAAAUUUAGGAAAAAUGGUGACUAGUAAAUUGAAUCCACUGCGUGUGUGUCAACCAGCUGUUGUUCAGAACUUUGCAUCCGUCACACGCACUUAUCAACUAGCGUAUUGUUAUCCUGUAAUCGAACACAACUCUAGAAAUGUCUUACCUACUGUCUAUCAAGAUGAAAAAGGAUGUUUUGUUAGUCAUAACAAUGUAUUGGAUGCAUUCUUUCCUUUUGAUCCUUACGUCUUAAAAAGCUCUGGCCAGAAAAUCAUACCUUUCUACUUAAACUACAAGAAACCCGAAAAGCACGCGGAUCCAACCACAAACGGACAUUCUUCUAGGAAACACCAACCAGAAAUAGAAGAUGACGAUUUUCUUCCCAUGGAUAUUUCAAGUUCUGCACCGUCCAAAGAAUUCGAUGCUCUGUUUAUGUAUGGAACUUCGCCCGGUUUUAAACAUAAAACAUAAACAUAAUGUAAUUUAUAGGAAAUUUUCGAGUGGCAUGCAUACUCAAAAUAAUUGGAAUUUAUUUAUUGCACUUUAAUAUUGAUUGAAUUUUGUUGAUCACGUCUCACGUUAGUAAAAUGAAUUCAUUUUAAUGCUGACUGUACAUUUUGCAACUUUUGAUAUGAUGGAACCAGUGCAUGUGAAUAAACUGAUGUGAUUUAUUGUAAAAGUGCAGCGCUUGCGUGAAAUGUAAACAAUUUCAUUAAUAUAUCGUCAACGUAA